AUGUCACGUUGGUGGGGAAAUGUAAAGCGGACCAUUUUAUUAAAGGGCAGUACGGUAAACACUGUUGCUGUAUGGUCUACUAGUAUAGUACUCUCAUUAUUAUGGAUAUAUCAGUCAGAAAAGGUCAAUCCAGGAUAUAGAGGAAUCUUUUUUGUUAGAAACGACGCUCCCGAAUUUUCUAAAUACGAAAUUCAGCAAUGGAAUCGGAAGUAUCGUGUCAAAAACUCGUAG